AUGCAAGAAGUCUGCAGUACCCUGGACACUACCUCGAUGGGCACCCAAAUCAAAUCGGAAUCUCCGCUGAAUCCACUGCAGGUGCAAACUGGACAGACGUCCCUUCCAGUGGGUGGUUGCGGUGGUGCGGCCAUCGUUGGUGGUGUUGGUGGCGUGGGAGUGGGUGUUGGUCAGCCCGGAAUCGGACAGCAGGGGGUGCCACCUGUGCCGGCGGUACUCAUGGUCAACAAGAUGACCCCGAACUGUGAUAAACGAAGCACGGACACGGCCUAUUGGAUGACAGCAUCCGAGGGCGGUUUCAUAAAUUCGCAGCCAUCGAUGGCUGAGUUCCUCAACCACCUGAGUCCGGAGAGUCCCAAAAUGGGAACACCUGUUGGAUCCGGCGCCAUCGGCGGAGUGGGCGUCAACGUGAACGUCAAUGUCGGCGUCGGAUAUCCGGUUGGCGUUGUCCCUCAAACGCCGGAUGGAAUGGACUCUGUGCCGGAGUAUCCCUGGAUGAAGGAGAAGAAGACAUCCCGCAAAAGCAGCAACAACAACAAUCAGGGUGAUAACUCCAUUACUGAAUUCGUUCCAGAAAACGGCCUGCCCCGACGACUCCGCACCGCGUACACCAAUACCCAGCUGCUGGAGCUGGAAAAGGAAUUCCAUUUCAAUAAAUAUUUAUGCCGCCCAAGGAGGAUCGAGAUAGCUGCCAGCCUGGACCUUACGGAGCGACAGGUAAAAGUUUGGUUCCAAAACCGCCGCAUGAAGCACAAGAGGCAAACGCUCUCAAAAACGGACGACGAGGACAACAAGGACAGCCUCAAAGGUGACGAUGAUCAGUCCGACAGUAACUCCAAUUCGAAGAAAUCGUGUCAAGGCUGCGAACUGCCCUCCGAUGAUAUACCCGAUUCCACGUCGAAUUCCCGGGGACACAACAACAACACGCCGAGCGCCACCAACAACAACCCGAGUGCUGGAAGCCUGACUCCAAACUCGUCCCUGGAAACGGGCAUCUCUUCGAACCUGAUGGGCAGCACCACCGUAUCCGCCUCAAAUGUGAUCAGCGCCGACUCCAGUGUGGCAUCUAGUGUGAGCCUCGAUGAGGACAUUGAGGAGAGCAGUCCCAUCAAGGUGAAGAAGAAAGACGAUGGUCAGGUCAUCAAAAAGAAGGCGGUAUCCACCUCUUCGAAGGCCUCGCCCUUUGGCUAUGAGAACUCCACUCCCAGUCUGGUCAGUUUUCGACGGGAUUCCGAUGCCGCCGCCGUCGGAAAUACACCCACCAGCAAGGCAGUCGGCAAGAAACGCUUUCAGAGUGCCACCAAUACCAUUGCCACGCCCACACUCCUUUCGGACGGCAAUAGUGGAAACGGAAAUGGAAACGGGGGUGGAGGUGGCCCAGCUGGCGGCUACUUUCCAGGCUAUUAUCCUAGUCCCAAGCAGCAGCAGCAUAUGCAGCAGCAGCAACUGCACCCGCAACAGCAGCAGCUGCCGCAGCAGCAGACGCAGGACUACUACGGCAAAUACGACAUCGAAUUCGCCGCCUCACCGCACCACAAUCCGAACAACAAGCAGCAGACGCUGCACGGCGAGUACCUAAGUCCCAAGCCAAGUGCGCCCAGUUUCCACCAAAACAGUCAACAGCAGCAGCAGAACGACCAGUUCUACUACAACUACAACGACACCAACGGCAGUGCGUACUUGAACCACCAGCAACAGCACCCCCACCACCCACAGCACCACCAGCAGCCGCACCACCACCAAAACCAUGUAGCCGACUUUGAGGCGCCAGUCAAUGGACCCAGCAACUUCAACAAUGGCGCCUACUACGACAACAUGAGUUUUCAACAACAGGCGCAAGCUCACCAACACCAAACGGUGGUCUUCCAACAGCAGCAGCCACAGCAGCCAGCGGCGAUUAACCACCAGCACAUGCAUCACCUGGGAACUGGGGAGACAUAUAGUGCUCUUGGCCUGCAGAUGGAGAACUGCGAGGGCUACAACAAUUUUGGGGCCGCCGGAAGCGGUGGUGGGUACUACGAGGCGGGUCAGCAACCUCCUGUUCCGGCCACCCAUGUCCAUGGACACCAUCCUCACCACGUGCAGGUGCCGGCUCAGGCGCAUGCGCACAUCCAUGCCCAUCACAAUUCUGCGGCGAUUCCCGGAGGAGUGGGAGUCGCACCGCCGCCCUCGCACAUCCACGGAUUCGCCAUCAAUGGAGCACCGGCUGGUCAGGGCCAGGGAUUCGGAAACAACGGAAGCACUGCAGCUGGGACCGCUGCGAUCAGUGGGUUGGAGAACUCAAAUAGCUCGGACUUCAACUUUCUAAGCAACCUGGCUAACGACUUUGCGCCGGAGUACUACCAACUCAGUUAG